CCAAAAACAAAAAACAAAUCAGAGAAGAGAACGACCCAGAGAGAAAGACAGAUCAUCAUUCACUUCACUCUUCCACAAGUUCCAAUCUUUAUCAUUCAUUCACAAAAAAAAACCUUUCCUUGCUACUACUCUUACUGCUUCACAAUAAUCAUCAUCACCAUCACCAGUUCCCCCAAUUUCCUCUUUCCUUCUCUGCUCUACGCUUCUCUUUUUAGAUCUCUGUUCUCUACUCUACGGUUUGAUGUGUACAAAUGUGAAGCCUCGGGCGUAACGAAACAGGAGCCCUACCCAUCAAAGCAUUUUGCCCCAUCGCCUCCCUUUUUCUCAUUUCCUGGGUUUGGUUCUGCUCAUAGCCUAGCUAGCUUCUACCCCAUUUAUAAUCAUCGGCUGCAGUUUUGAUUCUUUCUUGCUUUUUCAACUUGGAAAGACCAGAGACUGGUUUCCCCUGUUUUGAGUUUUCUACCCAAUAGUACCCCAUUGGUAGUAACUUGAAAACUGUAAAAAAGAAUCCGAGGCUACUAGAGAGCCGGGGAAGUGUCAAGUGUGUUGCUGGGUCCUAGUUGAAGGCGGAUUAGCUUUAUUGGGUCUUUUGAUUUUUUGGUAUUUUUGGGUUUCCCUUUUGAUGGGUUUUUCCUUUCUUCAUAAAAGGUUUGGCCUUUCUCGCAAUUUUUUUACCAAAUGCGACUUGGGUUUGUGAAAGGAGGAGAAGGGAGGAGCGUCCAAAGGAGCCUGUUGAGUUUUCUGUUCAGAGUGUGAAAGAACCAUUUGCGUGUGUGGCUGGUUUGAAAAUGGAAGAAAUAAAGAAGAAGAAGAUCAAUGGUGGCGGUAGUGGUAGUGGGAGUGAAGAAUCUACCAAGAAGAAGGAGAGGCAUAUUGUCACAUGGAGUUCUGAGGAAGAUGAUAUACUUCGCCAGCAGAUAAACUUACAUGGAACAGAGAACUGGGCGAUCAUAGCCUCUAAGUUCAAUGACAAAACAACUAGACAGUGUAGAAGGAGAUGGUACACUUACUUGAAUUCCGAUUUCAAGAAAGGCGGUUGGUCUCAGGAGGAAGACUUGCUCUUGUGUGAGGCUCAACGAAUAUUUGGUAAUAGAUGGACAGAAAUAGCAAAGGUUGUUUCAGGCAGAACGGACAAUGCUGUGAAGAACAGGUUCACAACCCUUUGCAAGAAGAGAGCAAAAUAUGAAGCAUUGGCCAAAGAGAAUGCAAGUGUAUUUAGCAAGUCGAACAACAAGAGAGUCUUGUUGGAUGACAAGGUUAACACUGAUAGAAACCCAGAAAUUGCAGGACCUGCCAAGAGAACUAGGUACGGUGGAACAUCUGAAAAAUUUCUGCAUUUGUGGUUCCAUGGCCAGUUUGCAGCACAUCUGUUGAAGUCUUCUUUUUUGUCUUUGUUCAAACUCAGGAGGUCCCACAUUCCCAAUGAAAUGGAGGCCCGAAAUCUUGGAGAUAGAUCACACCCUAAACAGGCUAGGCCCCCAUUUAUGGUGUUGGCUCGGUAUGCACAUAAAAUUAAUGCUGUUAAUCAGCAUCCAGUCAUCAAUAACAAGGACGUUUCCCCUGGUGGUAACAUUCUUCUGCAGAAAACCUCCUUUCUUUAGUUCAAUUGAGCUUUCUUGAUGGCCAGUCAGGUUAUGUUGAGUAUACCGGUAGUAAUUUUCUUUAAUCCCAAAAUGUUUAGCAGCUCUAAGUGGUAACACUCAAGGAACCUUUCUAAAAAAAGAUGAUCCGAAGAUACAAGCCCUGAUGCAACAAGCAGAACUUCUCAGUACGCUGGCGCAGAAAGUCAAUACAGAGAACACCGACCAGAGCCUCGAACAUGCUUGGAAAGUACUCCAAGACUUCCUGAAAAAGAGCAAAGGAGAUGAGAUCCCGAGUUACACGAUUUUCGACAUUGAUAUCCAACUUGAGGAUUUCAAAGACUUGAUAGCAGAGCUAAGGAGCAGCAGCGAUGGAAGUCAUCCAUCUUGGAGGCAACCUGAUCUAUAUAAAGAAUCUCCAGCUAGCUCUGAGUUCAGUACAGGGUCAAGUCUUAUGCCGUACUCUGCUCCUGAUGUAACAACAGAACAACCUCAUAGUGAAAUCGAGACGCUGCACAAGGAUGUUGGAAGUGAAUUGGAAGCAAUGCAUGUCGAAGGACAGGAAGUUGUUGAAAGUGAAUGUCACAUCGAAAUUGCAUCUGGGGAUAACAUAGCUGAAGGGGAGCUGUUUCCAUCAUUUGAAGACCAAACAAAUGACGACAUAGUUGUUUCCUCUUCAUCGAGUACAGAGUUUGGCUCCCCUCGUCAAGUUACCCCAUUGUUCAGAUCCUUGGCAGCUGGAAUUCCUAGUCCCCAAUUUUCAGAAAGUGAAAGAAGAUUCCUGCUGAAAACUCUUGGAGGGGAGUCUCCUUUCUCUAAUCAAAGCAUCAACACCUCUCAACCACCUCUCUGCAAAAGAGUCCUCCUCCAAAGUUUAUGAGAUUGAGAAUCGCCAUCAAUCUCAUAUGCACGACAUGGUCUAUCCCCAUUCCUAAUAUCUUUAUUCAUCACAUAGAGAACCUGGUUUCUCAACCCCACCUCCAAAAAAAAAAAAAAAACUGGUUUACCUCAAAACAGUCAUUAUAUUUGCUUUACUAGGGGUGCAGCUAUCCUGGCCGAAGUUUUAUCCAUCGGCAAGUCGAGAUUACUGCAUCCAAAACCCAAUGUCUAGAAUGUGAAGGAUGCAUUCUAGCCAGCUCAGGACACAUACCAAGAAAUGUGACUCGAGUACAAUUUUUCAUAUUGGAAGUACUGUAGGAGAGUGCUACCAUGGAAGAAAGGCGCCCCCACCCCCUGUGAUUGCUACUGGUGUGGCAUUCUUUUGAUUUUUGCUGCUUGGAUUUCGGUAGAUGGGCUACCGCAAAUCCAGUUUUCGGCCUUUGGUUCAUCAUCAUAUGUACAGAAAUCUUAGUACUACUACUAUAUAUGCCUGUAGUCAGAGUGUAAUUAGACAUCGGCAUCUCGCCUAUAUAAGAGUAGAGAGAAGAAACAUAGAAAAGAAGGAAAAGAGAGUAAAGGAGGAUUAACUAGCUGAUUGGAUUCCUAUUUUUUUAGUUUUUGGUGUGCAUAGGGUAUAGAAUAAGUUUUUUCCCCAUGUUUUCUUUUUUUAGUUGGUCUUCCUUUACCUGAAUUCUGAUGUACCAGAAUAGAAACUUGGUGGGAUUUGGAAAUGGAAAUGUCUUCCUGGUUUUGGUGUGCAUAU